AUGAGAAAAGAAUUGAAAGUCAUAAUAUGGGCACAUGUUGCCUUGGUUGUUUACCUCAUAUAUCUAUCUUUUGAUUUGAUAACUUUACUUCAUGAUGACACAUAUAGUGAUGCAUUGAUAGAUUUGGAGUUGAACCCUCCGAAAUCGAGUAAACCAGCCUUGAUACCGAAGAUUAUACACCAAACUUAUAAGCUGGCGGAUAUACCAGAGAUUUGGAAACCAGGCCAGCAAGCUUGUAUCGACUUGCAUGAAGAUUACCAAUACAUCUUGUGGACUGACGAAAUGGCGCGAGAAUUUAUCAGUGAGGAAUUUCCCUGGUUUUUGAAAACUUGGGAUAGCUAUCCCUACAACAUUCAACGAGCCGAUGCUAUUAGAUACUUUGCAUUGUAUCACUACGGUGGUAUCUAUAUCGACUUGGACGAUGGAUGCGAGCGCAAAUUGGACCCCUUGUUAAUUGCCCCCGCGUUUGUUCGAAAAACCAUCCCCACUGGAAUUUCAAAUGACGUUAUGGGCAGUGUUCCCGGCCACCCUUUCUUUUUGAAGGCAAUUGAAUCGUUGAAAAACUAUCAACGCAACUGGUUGGUUCCCUACAUCACAAUCAUGAUUUCCACGGGACCUUUGUUUUUGUCGGUUGUUUGGAAGCAGUACAAGAGGUGGGGUGUUCCCGAAGCAGGUAAAGUUCGCAUAUUGAUGCCUGAAAACUACAAAGGUUACAAGUACUCCUUUUUCGCAAUUGCCCCAGGCUCAUCAUGGCACAUGAGUGAUGCCAACUUUAUCAAAUCAUUGGCAAACCACUUGGUCUUGGCUGUCAUUGGCGGAUGUCUUAUUGCCCUCGCCAUUCUUGCAUUGGAAUACUUCUUUUAUUCCUUUAUCAUUUCAAAUUUUUUCAAAAAAUGCACCACCAAAGUUGGCAAUUUCUUGAUGUGGAUCAUCACUGGUGUGCUCAGAUUCUUUAACUUGGACAAGUUUAUCGAGUCAAGUGAGACUUUGAAACAGUACUCGUUGAUUGGCGAAGACAAUCCCACUACGAUCUCAGUUGCCGAGAAACUGCAGCAGUCAAGGGAGAAAAAGAAUGGAAUCAAUUUGCUCCAGUUUCUUAAAAACUCCAACGUCAAGCGCAGAAGUCGGAAGGACUCUAAUCUUCCGUACGAUAUAGAGAUGAUGGAUCAAAUUCUCCAAGAUACGCAGAUUGUAAUAACAGAAAAGCCAACACUGCAGAGGAAUGCACAAUCACCAGAGGCUGCUGCAUUAAUAUCGAAUGACGAAACCAAAUUUACUGGAGACCAAGCUCACUUUUCAAGUGGCGAAGAGACCGAUGUCGAUGCCGAAGUACGAGAAGACUCGGAUGGUUUCAUCAAUGAUGCUGAUGUACUGGCAAAUGACGAAUUUAAUGAUGAUUAUAAUGAUAAUAUUGUAUAA